AUGCGUGUCACAACCGCGUUCUGGCUCGCGGCGGCCGCACUCGCCAAAGCCGCCUACUGGAUGGAGGACGUCCCGCACCAGGGCAUCUCAGCAUACCAUCCGGAUCCCAACUACCAAGUCUUCCGCAACGUCAGAGAUUUCGGCGCCAAGGGAGACGGCGUCACGGAUGACACUGCUGCCAUCAACCUCGCCAUCUCUUCUGGCCAGAGAUGCGGACCGGGCACUUGCAAGGGCGAGACCACAUCGCCGGCAACCGUCUACUUUCCCCCUGGAACCUAUCUCAUCUCCGGUUCCAUCAUCGACUACUUCUAUACCCAGAUCAUUGGCGACCCAAACGAUCGCCCCGUCAUCAAGGCCGCCGCCGACUUCCCCACCAACACAACCCUUGGCCUUCUCGAUGGAAACCAGUACGGCGCAAACGGCCUUGCAUGGGGUGCGACCAACGUAUUCUUCAGGCAGAUCCGCAACCUCGUCUUCGAUACCACCGCCAUCCCGGCCUCGGCGGCUGCUUAUGCGAUCCACUGGCCGUCGUCUCAAGCCACUGCCAUUACCAACUGUGCCUUCUACCUUGCCGAGGGGCCAGACAGUAAGCAUAUUGGCCUCUUCAUCGAGGAGGGCUCCGGAGGUCUCCUCAACGACCUGGAAUUUCACGGAGGGCUGUACGGCGCCAGCUUCGGUAACCAGCAAUACACCCUUCGCGGGGCCAGCUUCUUCAACGCCCAGGUAGCCAUCAACCAGAUCUGGGAUUGGGGCUGGACUUACAAGAGCAUAUAUAUCGAGAACUGUGCCAUCGGCAUCCGUAUGCAGGACACCGGCACCAGCUCCAUCACUCUCAUUGACUCAGAUUUCGUCGACGUCGAGACCGCGAUCCACUCCAGCCGCGACCCGGGCGCCUCCGUACCCACCACGGCCGGCACGCUCGUAAUGGAGAACGUCGGCUUCGUCGGCGUCAACGCUAUACUCCGCGACCCCCAGAACAACACCAUCAUCCCCGGAUCCGCGGGAAGCGUCCGCAGCCAGGGCUUCGCCAUGGGACACAUCUACACGCCCACCGGCCCGACGGACUACACCGGCGACGACGCCUCCUACUUCCCCGUCUACCCUGCCCUUCAGGGCGCCUCUUCAACCGGCGGCACCAAGUACUACGAGCGCUCCAAGCCGCAUUACGCGGACCUCCCUGCGAUCAACUUUAUCUCGGCCCGCGCCUUCGGCGCCGCCGGCGACGGCAGCACGGACGACACGGUGGCGCUGAACAACCUCCUCAACUACGUGACCGCCAAUCCAUCCGCCAACCUCGUCGCCUUCGUCGACGCCGGCACGUACUACGUCUCCGACACCGUCUUCAUCCCCCCCGGCGCGCGGGUCGUCGGCGAGGCCCUCGCCUCCAUCAUCAUGGGCGGCGGCGCCAAGUUCCAAGACAUCACGAACCCCCACCCGGUCGUCAAGGUCGGCCUCCCCGGCCAGUGCGGCACCGUCGAGUGGUCCGACAUGAUCGUCUCGACGCGCGGCCCGGCUCCCGGCGCCAAGGUCAUCGAGUACAACCUCAACUCCCUCGGCGAGCCGGCGGGCAUGUGGGACGUGCACGUCCGCGUCGGCGGGUUCGCCGGCACGCAGCAGCAGCUCGCGCAGUGCCCCACGACGCCCGAGGUCACCAUCACCGCCGACACGGUGGAUGCCAACUGCAUCGCCGCCUUCAUGAGCAUGCACAUGACCAAGUCGAGCUCCAACCUGUUCAUGGAGAACUGCUGGCUCUGGGUCGCCGACCACGACCUCGAGGACCCCAACUACACGCAGGUGACCAUCUACGCCGGCCGCGGCCUGCUCGUCGAGUCGACCAACGGCAGGAUCUGGCUCUCGGCCUCCGGCAGCGAGCACCACACGCUCUACCAGUACCAGCUCGUCAACACGCGCGACGUCUACAUGGGCCAGGUGCAGUCCGAGACGCCCUACUACCAGCCGAACCCCGUCGCCUCCAUCCCCUUCCCCCGCGUCGAGGGCUACCACGACCCGGACUUCGAGGCCGACUGCCGGGACCACGACCCGAGCGCGCCGCCGUGCGAGAUGGCGUGGGGCCUGCGCGUCGUCGCCAGCCGCAACGUGGUCGCCUUCGGCGCCGGGCACUACUCCUUCUUCAACAACUACAGCACCGCCUGCUGCCAGAUCGGGGCCGGCGCCCGGUGCCAGCAGAGGAUCGUCGACAUCCGCGACGGGCCGGAUGGCGACGCGACCCCCUCGGUGGGUGUCGAGGUCUACAACCUCCAGAUCGUCGGCACGACGGCCAUGGUCACGAGGGACGGGACCGACGUCGCCUUUUACAGGGACAACAUUGCCGGGUUCACGGCCGGUAUCGCGCUGUACCAACACUAG